AUGUUGACAAUUUUGACACUUUUUCUUAUCAUCUCCAUGAUUUCAUUUCAAAUUACAAAUGCCUACAAUCCAUAUAAAUAUGGACCUAUCGGAUGGGCGUUGGUGCACAGAGGCGACACUGGAGGCUAUCCUGUAAGACAAAGUGGAGGAUAUGGAUAUGGCAGAACCAGUGGAUAUGGAUAUGGUAGAACCAGUGGAUAUGGAUAUGGUAGACCUAGUGGAGGAUAUGGAUAUGGCCAGACUAGUGGAGGAUAUGGCGGAAAUAAUUAUGCUAAUAGCUAUGGAUAUCCAGCUGCUAGUCCUAACGGAUAUCCUCCCAAUUAUGGAUAUGGAAGACGUUGAAAAGGUGGAAAGUGAAAAUACGAAAGACAAAUUUAAAAACAAGAAAAGAAAUUCUGCUAAGAAACUGGCACCCCCUGUUGGAUAUGGACAGUAGUGGUUACAUUUUAUAAAGAU